AAAGGCGCUGUUUAACCACCUGCACCGGGGCUGCCUCUGAUGUUCUCCAAGUGAAACUUGAUGCUGCUCGGCAAAGACACACCUCUUCAGGGUGUUGUGCAAAAUUCUGCAUUUUAACGGAGGACAGGAAAUAUGAAAAGAGCCGGGCAGAACCCAACCGGCACCGCCGGCUAGGCCGAGGCUCUGCCACCCAAACCCAAGGGUUUGCUUCACUCAGCCAGCCAGCCGUGGCUUUUCCAGUGCUUUGGAAGUUGCAGCUCCUUCACUAACAGGUUUUAAAGGACUGGCAUCGCUGUUUCCCUCUGCAGCAGCUCAGCAGAGGGACUUUUCCUUCCCUUCUCUCUUCAUGCUUUAUUUCCUGGCUCCACAGUGGGAUGGGUCGGUUGCAAAAGAUUCUCAUUCCCUUUUUGGGACUGGUUUUGGCCUUCUGGUUUUAUUCUGCGAGGGAGACUUUCAAACCGGAGAUGCUGAAAGGGAAGCGGGUGAUUGUCACCGGAGCGAGCACCGGAAUUGGAGAGGAGAUGGCGUAUCACCUGGCACGGAUGGGAUCCCACAUUCUGAUCACAGCACGGACAGAGAGCAAGCUACAGAAAGUUGUGGAGCGGUGCCGUGAGCUGGGAGCAGCAUCAGCACAGUACAUCAGCGGCACCAUGGAGGACAUGGCCUUUGCUGAGCACGUGGUGAAGGAGGCACAGACCUCACUGGGGGGCCUGGACAUGCUGAUUCUUAACCACGUGGGCACAUCGUACUUUGGCUAUUUCGAUGGAGAUGUUGGGCACGUCCGAAAGCUCCUGGAAAUCAACUUCCUCAGCUACGUGGCAAUGACAGUUUCAGCCCUGCCCAUGCUGAAGGAGAGUGAGGGCAGCAUCGUGGUGGUCUCAUCCAUGGCAGGUAAAGUUGGGUUUCCUUUUACGGUCCCCUACUCUGCAACUAAGUUUGCCUUGGAUGGAUUUUUCAGCUCCCUGAGGCAGGAAUUCCAUAUUCAGAACAUUAAUGUUUCCAUCACUCUCUGCAUCCUUGGCUUCAUCGACACUGACCGCGCGGUGCAGGCCGCCGCGGAUGUGCUGCUCGUGCCCCCGGCACCGCGGGCCGAAUGCGCGCUGGAGAUCCUCAAGGGGGGAGCGCUGCGGCGGAGGGAGCUCUAUUACCGGUACGGCUCGACCCGGCUCCCGCUGCUGCUGCGCGACUGCGCCGCCGAGCUGCUGGACCGCCUGGUGCGCAGCCGGUACCGGCUGGACCGCAUGGGCACCGGCCAGCGCCGCCACCCGACCCCCGCUAACGGAGCUGCGGGCUCGGUUAACCGGUAGCUCAGGAUCCCCGGUGCAACACCCUCCUCUACCGGCGGA